UUUAACCCGGAAGUUGAUGCAUUGCAGGACUCAGGAAGGUGGAACACACGUGAAAGUGUACAGGACGAGCUUUGAAAGCAUGUCCGCAUCGCUGCUCAGGAAAGGGCUGGAUUUAUUGGCUUCAGAUACCAGCGGUAUGUGUUGUGGAAGAAACCCUAGAGGCACUGAGCUGCCAGUGGUUGCAUGAUCAGCAAAUGAUGCUGAGACUCGGUGUAAAGUGACUGCCCCGGGCAGAGUGUGAGACCGUGCAAUAGGGUCAGUGUAUUGGAAGUAUGCUGAAUGGGAAUCCCCUGCUCUUUGAUAAGUGGGACUCAAACAUAAAUACUGUGUCUGCCUUUGUUAGGUCAGUUAUUACAAGUUAACAUUGUAAAUAACUGAGGUAAUAUGUCACUGUAUACUUUCUGUGCACUCUACUUGGUGAUCAAUAUGCAGCUCCUUCUGGUUUUAAAACAGCACUGUCACCAUUCCCUCCCACCCCCCUGAACAAUUUGUAUUUAAUAAAGAUAGAAUUCCAAAACAGUCAAGUGAUAUACUAAGACAGAGUAAGGACUACGUUGUGUCUGUAUAUUUCCUGAUAACUUUAUUAUACUCUGGGUUGAGUUAGUGUCAAUCCCUACAGCUGUCACCAGUAACGGCUGCAGGAAAUUGGCUCUGUGUAUGGAGGAUCCUGCAUAGACCUUAAAGGACCACUCUAGGCACCCAGACCACUUCAGCUUAAUGAAGUGGUCUGGGUGCCAGGUCCAGCUAGGGUUAACCCAUUUUUUAAUAAACAUAGCAGUUUCAGAGAAACUGCUAUGUUUAUUUAUGGGUUAAGCCUUCCCCCUAAUCCUCUAGUGGCUGUCUCAUUGACAGCCACUAGAGGCGCGUGCUUCUCACUGUGAUUUUCACAGUGAGAGCACGCCAGCGUCCAUAGGAAAGCAUUGUAAAUGCUUUCCUAUGCGACCGGCUGAAUGCGCGCGUGCGCAUUCAGCCGACGGGGCGGAACAGAGGAGGAGAGAAGGUGAGCUCCCCGCCCAGCGCUGGAAAAAGGUAAGUUUAACCCCUUUCCCCCUUCCAGAGCCGGGCGGGAGGGGGUCCUGGCACUAUAGUGGUCCUUUAAUGCGGUGCGCAUGCACCAGGAGCUGAAGGGGACCUGCCAAAACAAGAUGGCCGCAACUGCGAGAAGCUUCAGGUAUCUAAAUCUCACCUUUGCCUGCCCCAUUCCUCCUUGCCAAAAUGUCACUGUUGGGGAUCUUUGCAAUUCAGCAUAGUCCCCAGGCGGUGACAGUGCUGCAUUAAUGGUGUAUUGCAGCUUCUUCGUAAACACUUCUACUUUCAUAUACCCAUAUGGAUUCCAGUGUUUUGCUUGUUGUACUGUUACAAUCAGUAAAAUUUGAUGAGUCAGUCAAUCGUGUAUGUAGGUUUGCCAUGAUAUUGUCCUUUUUCCAGUGCAGUAAUAUAUUCUACACGUCCACUUCAAAUGUUGGUACAUUUUGUUUAUAACAUCCUGUUUAAAGCUGAUUGCUACUACUCUAGAAUUGGUAAUUCCUCAUUCCCUUACACCAGUAAAGUAUAUUAGCAUUUGCAAGGGCAAUUAAUACAGCACAGGUAAAUCAAAAAAUAUAAUUUGUCUUCGCUGCACUUCAGAGUGAUUUUUGUGGUUCCAUGAUGCCUCCAGUAUACUCCUAUUCCCUCAGGGACUUGCACAGAAAUGGCAUACUAACAUGCACACUCAAACAUUCCUUUAGUUGUGUCAUGUGUAAGUGCUUCAUAAGUACAAAACUGCAGGGGUUAAUAUAAUAUACAUAUUGUUCCCUGAAGAGCAUGUAAUUUAUUUCUAUAAAAAGUUAACAUUAAACACAGCCCAUAUCUCACAUUUAUUUCUAUAGUCAUGCAAAAAUCUCAUGUGACAGUACUACUUUAAAGGGGCACUCCAAGCACCAGAAUUGUUGUAGCGUAAUGUUGUGAUUUUGGUGCAGAGGGAUUGUCCAUGCAGUCUCUUUAUUGUAAACACUGCCUUUUCUGUAAAAAGUCAGAGUUCUAUUUGUUCCUAAGGGCAUCUGUAAUGGCUGUCACUCAGGCAGCCGCAAAAGGUGCUUCCUGUCACGGUCCUACAGUCUUUGAGAAAAUGCUGAUUGGAUUCGAGUGGAGACGUUUCCCCCUUGCUUCUUCUAUGAAGUAGUAUUGGAUUGCCUGAGAUCAUCAGUAAUAAUGACCUCGGGGAGGUGCAGGAACCACAGGAAAAUCAGUGUCAAAUAUAAAGUAAUAAAACAUAGUAAAAUAUUUUUAUUAUGGGAGGGGGGUGAGUAAUCUAAUCUAACAGGAUGGAGAACAAACUUAUGUUCAAGGGAGGGUAUGCAGUUAACUAUCUAAAGCACUUCAGCAAGCUGAAGGAAGUUAGGAGUGCACCUUUUAAUAUUUUGGACCAAGGCACAUUUUGUAAUUUGUAUUUAACCUCUCUUCUUCAAUUUGUGUAGCUAAAUAUUCGGGGAAAAAGAAAGGUUCUAAUAGCCACCAGGAUGUGCCUCUAAGCAGCCGCAAAACAGGAGUUAGAAAACAGCUGAAACGAAUGAGACGGCAAGGCCUCCAACAAAAAGAAAAAGCAACAGCCAAAGACCGAGUUAUAAAGUCUGCUUUAGGUGAGUGUUCUUCCAAUUUAAUAAUUUACAAUUACACUAUUGAAUAUGCCAUGGUGGAAUAAUGUGAUAAUAAGCCAUUGAAGCAAUAAUGGUGAUUACAGAAGAAAGUAGAGUAUCCAGCGAUGGCACAUUUUCUUGAUUAUAAAUAUGAGACCUAGUAAAACCUUAUUUAUUGUAAUGAAAUAAGGAUAUUCACAGUAGGCUGUUUAUUUUUUUCCUGAGCACCCAAUGUAGCAGUAUGUGGUUUGCAAGCUGAAGAAAGGUUAGAUAUAAGAGUAAUUAAAUCUGUGUUGUUAUUGUAGAGGAAUUUAAGAAGAAGAGUACAACGGAUCAUCUGUCAAAGAACAUGAAAUAUUUCCUUGGCUCCCACAAUGUAGCCAAUAAGGACGUUGUGGAGAAGGUUGGUUGGUAUUUUGUGAUAUACUUUUUCAAUUACAGUAUUUUUUUAUUUUCUGUGUGAUAUGUUGUGUUGGACUCUGUAGACUGCUAUUUAGUUGUUGUAUUGGAGAUAGUAUGUAAAGGUUAAUACAUUGACACCUAAUGAAGAAGAACUUCCACUUUAUAAAUUUAUCAGACGAGGAGGCUGGACUGGAGGCACCCGCGGAACUUAGGUAGGAGUUACACUGAAAAUGGUUUGACUACUUACCAUGAGAUGAUAUCAGACAUUCGUUGCACAGUAGCUUGCUGUAGUGGCUAUGAUGCCCAGACCGACUCUUUAAAUAUCACAGACAUUAAACCUUUACUCUGGAUUUGUGUAAUAGAUUUUAAUUAAUAUGAAUGCUGUUUCACCAUUCUCUAAAUAAAAGCUAAUGUAUGAAACCAGUUAAGCAGAGUUAUUGGCAAAUCCUGAAUUAAAAAAAAAAAAAGCUGUAAGAAACACUUCUAAUUUGUGAAUGUCAAAUUGUAUACUAAUUAUCUCCACUUUGUUAUCAGUCAAAUAAUUCAAAGUGUGCUUUUUCUCCUACAUUGACAUAAGUGUUUUAGCCAUCCAGGUUACUAUUUUAUUUUAGCAAUGCUACUAGAGAGGGUGGAGCUAUGUGUGAUAGGGAAUAUUUGAUUAAUAACCAUUAUUAUACACUGUAGUGGUUGUGGAAAUUAGAAAUCUCCCUUCAGCAUAAGUAAUGGGGCUUAGCAUGAACGGUGAACCCAGAAAUGCCAAGACAACCAAGCAUCCUUCAUGUUUUAUUUUUUUGUUGUUGUACAUUUUGCUUUGUUUGGGAGUCUAGGAUCAAUUCAUCAGGGUUAUGGUAUGCUUUUGAUUAAUAUAUGGUUUUGCUAUGAUAAAAAGUCAACAUAAAUUGUUGGUGUAGGGUUAAUUAAGCCUGCAAAUCCAGCUUUGUAUGUUUUAGGAAGAUGGAUGUUACUGUCUUUUUCCUCUGUAAGCACUUUUGGUGCAGGACAACUCACAAAAAGUGGUGUACUGCUCCUAACUCUGUCAUUUAUGUUUUUAUAAUAUAUUUUGUACUCCGUAGCUGUUUUAUUUUGCUUUUGUUUGUUUUUUUUCUUCAGUAGAAAAGUCUUGCUUAUAUUCUAAAUUCUCUUUAAAUGUUAUGACAGUGCUACUGUAAUGUUUUUUUAGUGUGGAAUGUCUGUCAUUUUCAUAUUGUUCUUUAUCCCACAUGUAGAUUUUGACACAGAACCGUGGACGCAAAUCAAGGGACCAGGUAGUGAAGCAAAAGAAGAAAACACAACAAGUGAAAUCGGUGUUCUCUGAGAAAGACUUCAAGCGCUUUGAAAAGGAAUACUUUGGAAAAAAAUUAAGCUGAGCUUGAAAAUGACUACUUAACUAGACUUCCUAUUUUGACGGAUGAUACAUUACAAUUCUCCAUAAAAACCAUCAGUGCAUUUGAUGUGCUAAGUGCCACCUUGCUGAAAAAAAUCAUUAAUAGUUUUAAGGCAAUAGGUUACUGGCAGAGCCUGUGGAGGAUGAAGAUUUUUGUACAGUUGCCAUACAGUUUCCUUGUAAACUACAUGUUACUAAAUAAUAAAACGUACCUUGGACUGUUGUAUAGAGCUA